AUGUUCAAAUAUUCUCGUCUCCUUCAAUCCUCAGAAUGCGAAGAGAAAUACCACGACCCAGUGAACGCGGCCGAUGAUGAUAGCUUUCCAGAAUUUCCUAGAGCGCAACGAGGACCGAAACAUGGAAUCUCCUGGUUCAGGAGAUAUUGGUGCUCUGUCGCUGUGCACAUCGCCCUACUUUUGCUGAAUGGGCUUCUAGUCACAUUGUAUGCCUCCAUGUUUCUUAUGCCCAAAACCCAUUUGGGUUCUUCCAAGAUCAUGGCUGAAUUGUGUUCGGCCUUCAAAGAUACUCUCCAGGAUAACAUAAAGCUUGAGAAGCACCGAUUUGAACUUUUGGCAAUCUACCGACAUGACGGCGAUUUGAACCCCCACAAAACGAACAACUUUAGCGGGCCGCCAAGGCCGGAGCUCGAGGAGGCGUGGGACAGACUCAUGAAGAGUUCGAUGCUUGAAGAUCUAAUCCCUUUGGUAUUGCAAGUGUUAACUGUUCCCUUAGAUGCAGAUAUUAAAGUCAGCCAUGCCGAGCUGGAACACUGUCUAGAUUGGCUGAGGCAGCAUAUCCAAUGCCACGCAGAUCCUACUUUCAUUCCAAUACACUGGACUACUAAUGAUGCCAGCCCAGUGGCAUCGGAUGACGGCAACCAUCAGUGUGCUGACUGGAGUCAAGUUGAAGAGUGGAUGGCAGAGCGCUCUUUCGAUCCAUUUGAGCCGGGUCUUCUCGUACACCCCAUUUUCGCUGCAUUACUGAAAUUCACAACUGUGGCCCUCGUAUUUGGCUUUGCAAUUUUCCCUUUCAAAUCUGGCCCAGUCAUGAAUCUAUCUGAUGAUUCAAGUGUUACGGAGUCCGACAGAACCCCAUUUCUUUCUAGGGAGGAGUGUGCGGUGUCAUCCACAGGUGACAAGAGCGACCUAUUUGCGAAGGCGCGGAAAAGGCAUUACCAAUGCAGCCUUUCCCAAGCUAUCACAUACCUGCUCGCGGUGUGGGGUUUCAUCUCAGUCUGCUAUAACACAUACCGUUUGAUUUCGACAUCUCUAUCUCCCCACACGCCAUCGCCAGACGCCGCAAAAACGCAGGAGGUAGACUCGAAUCCACAUGAUCAUCAUCCGGAAGCGCUUCCACACGAACUUAAUGUUUGUGAUUGCGGCACCACAAUUCAAGAGGCCCUUAGCCUCAACUGCAUCUACGACUCCCUAUCCGCAGCCUGGCUUCCUCCGUACUGCCGAGAUGACGAAUUAACGGCGCAAUUCGAGCGGGCUGGUCCCGGCCCCAAUGGCACAUGGAACUUUUUCUAUGAUGAGAACGGCACGAUACCCAUCAGCAAGGCAGAAAUUGCCACGUUGGGUGAGACGGGAGCUUAUCAUGGAUCCUGGCCCGGGUUAUUUUGUCCUGAUCGAGGUGCCAGUGGUUAUGAAUUCCAGCGCUAA